AUGGAGAGAUUACAGAGAUUAAUGAUGAAUAGCAAAGUCGGUAUGGCUGAUACCAACCGUGAUGAUACCAAAGAGACGGUUUACAUAUCAUCUAUAGCGCUACUAAAGAUGUUGAAGCAUGGUAGAGCUGGUGUUCCUAUGGAAGUAAUGGGAUUAAUGCUUGGAGAAUUUGUUGAUGAUUAUACUGUUAAUGUGGUAGACGUUUUUGCCAUGCCUCAAAGUGGUACAGGUGUAUCUGUGGAAGCGGUUGAUGAUAUUUUCCAAGCAAGAAUGAUGGAUAUGCUUAAGCAAACCGGUAGAGAUCAAAUGGUUGUUGGUUGGUAUCACUCACACCCUGGAUUUGGCUGUUGGCUAUCAUCUGUUGAUGUUAAUACUCAAAAAUCUUUUGAGCAACUAAAUAGCAGAGCUGUUGCAGUUGUGGUAGAUCCUAUCCAAUCGGUUAAAGGUAAAGUGGUUAUUGAUGCAUUUAGAUUGAUUGAUACAGGUGCUCUAAUAAACAACCAAGAACCAAGACAAACUACUUCUAAUGCAGGUCUAUUGAACAAAGCCAACAUUCAAGCAUUGAUACAUGGUUUGAACAGGCACUAUUACUCCUUGAACAUCGAUUAUCACAAGAAUUCUAAGGACACUCAAAUGCUGAUGAACUUACACAAGGAAAAGUGGCAAUCUGGAUUAAAGAUGUACGAUUAUAAGGAGAAAGAAACUGAGAAUUUAGAAGCUACUCAAAACUUGGUAAGAAUUGCCAAACAGUAUUCAAAGAGAAUUGAGGAAGAAAAAGAGUUAUCCGAAGAAGAGCUCAAGACCCGUUAUGUUGGUAAACAAGACCCCAAGAAACAUUUGGUGGAAACUUCGGAUGCUGCACUUGAAAACAAUAUAGUAUCCGUACUGACCGCUGGUGUGAAUUCCGUUGCAAUUAAAUAA